UAAAGGACCCUCUUCGCCCCGCCCCUUUACCCGCCCCACCCGGUUCCCGCGGUGACAGGGCCGAGAUGGCAGCGCGCGUGUUGGCCUGCUGGUGCUGUGCAAUUAUCGUGUUGGCGUUCGUGACGGAGGCCGCGGCGUUUGCCCUCGAGCUUGGGGAAUCAUUCGCGGAGCACAAAAAUGAUGGUGUGUGGUUGGUUGACUUCUAUGCACCGUGGUGCGGCCACUGCAAGAAGCUGGAGCCGGUGUGGAACGAGGUGGCCCAAGAAAUGAAGGCAUCAGGCUCCCCCGUCCGCGUUGGAAAACUGGAUGCCACUGCACAUUCUGGUAUUGCUACGGAGUACGGCGUCCGUGGAUACCCAACAAUAAAACUAAUUAAGGGGGACCUGUCGUACAACUACAAGGGGCCGCGGACCAAGGAUGAGAUCAUCGCGUUUGCCAACCGUGUGGCCGGGCCGGCCAUGCGCCACCUCUCCACGCCAGCGCUCUUCGCUCACACACAGAGCCGGCAUGACAUCUUCUUCCUCUACGUGGGUGGAGACUCCAAACUCAAGGAAAGCUUCACGCAGGUGGCACUGGAGAUGGUUGUGAAUGCGUACUUCUUCUCCACGCCGGAGGAAGUGCUCCCCGCGAAUGUGCACAUUCACGAGGCGCCUGCUGCCUUGGUAUUCAAGGAUGGAACGUAUUACGAGUAUGAUGAGUCCGACGACGGUGACCUGGCGACGUGGGUGCGGAGGGAACGUUUCCCCACGUUCCAGGCCAUCGACGGCUACGCCAUGUACGCCAUCUCCGACACAGGCAAGUUGGUGGUCCUGGCUAUCGUUGACCCAAUGAGCACCGAAGAAAAUCACAGCAGACUCAAAAAGCUGGUGGAAGAUGUUGCUCAUGAAUACAGGGAGCAUUUCCAUCGGGAUUUCCAGUUUGGAUACGUGGACGGGGCAGAGGGCUACAUGAGCAACCUACUGAUGAGUGACGUUGAGGCCCCCAGCCUCCUGGUUUUCAACACAUCGAGCCAGGAGUACUACCUGCCCACCGAGCCGCUGCUCUCCAAUCAGGACCUGCUCAGCUUCAUCAACAACAUCCUGGACGGCUCCGUGCCCGCCCAUGGAGGGGAUGGCCUCGGCCAGAAGAUUAAGAGAAUGCUGUUUGAGCUGAAGGCCACGAUCACUUCCGUGUUCAGGGCGUCCCCGCUGCUGGCCUGCGUCCUUUUCGGCCUGCCGCUUGGGGUCAUCAGCACCAUGUGCUACUGGAUGUGGACGGCAGACGGCGACUACGACGAGGCAGGGGCAGGAGGCGCGGGGGGCCAGCGCCGGGCGCUUGCCGCGGACGAUGACUCGAGCGACGAGAGCGGAGAGGAGGAGCCCCGGGAGGAGGCGUUGCAGGAGGGGGUGCGGGAGGAGGAGGAGGCGUUGCAGGAGGGGGUGCGGGAGGGGGAGGAGGAGGAGGAGGAGGCGGCGAGCAAGGCCGGCGUCGAUGAGAGCGACGAGGCCGCAUCCGAGAAGCCGGCCGUCGAGAAAAAGACCGACUGACGUUUGCACAAAACUUUGAAUCUCCUCCGCUCAUGUUAAAUUCCAGUCUAAGAUGAAUUUCACUCCCCCUUCCCUCCCUCCCUCCCUCCUCGCCUGGGAAACGUGCAGGGACAAGAAUUGAAACACAUGCUAACAUAUAUAUAAUGAUCGUGUUGUCCGGGUAAACCGACGUGGGAGAAACCCCCCCACACCGCUAGCUUACCGACGGCCGCUGUGCAUCGUGGGCACGCCACCGUACGAGGGUGGCGUGCGUUUCUCCUCCGGCGUUUAACAACCUGGACUGGUAUGCAUUUUUUGUGUUCUUUGAUAUGAACGUUUGAUUUCUGUAGGGCAUGCUUGAAUGCUAGGAGUGGGGGGGGGGGAGUGUUGGAUAACAUUGGCCAAGACGGUUGGCUAAUUCCUGUGAAUAGUGUUGCUACAAGUGGGUGGUCAAAAGAUAUCUUGAACAGUAGUGAAAUAGUUGGACCAACUUAUGUUAGGCAUCAAUGUGAGCAGUUGCUAUAUUGGGAAUAACUGUGAGUGUACGUGGCUUGAAUAUUCCAUUCUCAGAACGUUUUUGACUACCUAGCCGUGCUCUUGAGCUGCAUUUUGUUGGAAGUUGAACAGGGGACUCUUCAUCACACUGUAACACAUUGGCAACGAUGGGGUUUCAUUUAGUAAAUGCAAAAUUGGAUCGCCAUUUCCAGAAUCUUUAAGCAGGACUAGUGAAAUGGGCUCCUGCCAAAUUUUUGUUCAUUAAAAAUGUAAUUUAAAUGGAUUAUUUGUCAAAACAUUUUGCUCAUUUUGUGCACGCACUUGUGUUGUCCUCGUGUGUUUACAAGAAAUAACAAGUGGGAAAGCUCUCUAAUGUUAUAGACAUGGGCAGCUCCAUUGCUCUGGCCUGGUUCCAUGUACCCACGGAAGUAGUUUUGUGGAGCCUCCUGCAGACUUACUGCCUUCCUUCGGAGGAGCGUUAAUGAUUUGGCCAUUUCAUCUUGAAGCGCUCAAAAGUUAAAUGCUGACCAACCUUUCGUGUUAUUUUCUACCUCCCUCUUGUCAUCUCGCCCAAAUUCUAUAAACACAGGGUGCUUAAAAAAAUGUUAACACUGACAUGGGGACUAUCGUUUUUAAUGGAAAACGAACAGAUAAUACACUGUAACAUGAUAACAAAUGUAUGUUAAUUGCUUCAAAAAGUCAGUCACCACUUGUUCUCCAUCAUUGUCAACACGUGCCUGGCAUCUUCACCAGGUGGUCUUCAGAGCCUGAAGGCGACACAUUUUUCGUGGUGUUGUUGCAAAUUCUCAGAGGUGUAAAAACAUUUUUAAACACUCUGCAUUUAUACAAACUUGCUGGAAACGUAUCCAGCAGUUGCAUAACUUUAGCAAUUCACUCGCAGGAUGUCACCGCCCAAAUGCUGUCGAAUACGAUUUUGUGAAAUCGUGACUGAAACAACCCCUGGUUUGGUCCUAGAAAAGCCAAAGCAGUGUUUAAUUUAACCAGGCGGAGUGCCCUUGCGAUGUUUUACCUUAUGAAAAGGAAAGGCCUGGGUGUGAUUCGUUAUAGUUUGUGGGGAGACGUUAACUUUUUAUACGCAAGAUAAUGAACGUUACUCUUUUUUUUUAGAUUGGGGCAAAAGAGGUGGUGGCGAUGGUGAUCGCGUGAUGAAGGAUAUAACGGAGUCGUUCACACGGACUUGACGGCAGAGGGUUAGCCCUGGCGCAGUGCCGUGCUGCUGUGCCAAUCCGUUUCUAAACGCGAUACGAACUUUUACACUGGCAAUCUGCUUUAAAUAUAUCGUGCCACCUCAAUAUGUACCCACUAAUUAUGUAUAACAUUGACACGUAAUGAGAGAUGCUAUAAUUUGCUUUCUUUUUUGAAAUGUUCAUUUCAUGUUUUGACCACUUUUGCAUUGUUAGGCCCUUACAGCCUCUGCAAUGAAAAAAAUAUAAUAAAAAUAACUCUCCCAAA